UGGAAUAAUUACUCAAUAAAUAUGCCGUAAAAUACGAUUGGUUAACACAGACCAAAGUAACCUGUUUGGCCGGUAUCAUUGUGUAAUAAAAACUCUCCGUUUUUCUUGAGUUCACUUCAUUAUAAUUAGGUCCUCUUUCGAAUGAGUCUGUGACAGAAAGUGUUUCUCGGUGUAGAUAUGCUCAGAUUUGUAGCUCGUCAACUUUUCCGUAAAAACCAAGGCUUGUCAAGUGCUACUAGGUUGAGUUCAUCCCAGCCUGUAGCACAAAGUAUAAGCCAAAACAACGAUCAAUUUUUAGCUGUUCAGUGGAAUGACGGAAAAGUGGAUGAAUUUCCACAUUUUUAUCUUCGAGAGAACUGUAGUUGUUCGCAGUGUUUCCAACCGUUAAAAAAUGCUCGCCAUAUGUUUGCACCAAAAGAACUGGACCUAAAUGUAGCAGUAGAAUCAGCGAAUAUCAACUCGAGUCAGUUAAAUGUUAAAUGGAGUGAUGGACACAACAGUAUUUACUCAUCAGAGAGUUUGCAAACGUUGAGGUAUGUUACAUUGUGUCUUAAUACAUAUAAUCUUGAACUUAAUAUCUAG